UAAAUUUGCCCUAGUCGAUCUUUCUCUAUGCUGGGUUAAUUAAGCUUUCACCACACUAGCGACGCUAGCAUCCACCAACACCCACAAAAAUGCCAAUUGAAGACGAUGAACUAUCUGCUUUGAGAGCAGAACGGAGUCAUUUUAAACGGCGUUUGGAAAAAAACGAAACUGAGGAAAAUCCAGUUUCCACGCCAUGGAGCACAGACGGGUUUGCUCCAGGAGAGCCAAAAACCGAAAAAAUUCAGUAUGAUACUCACAUUUAUGACUCCAAUAAAUCAAUGGAGAAUUAUAACACAUCUAUUGACGUUAAUGAGCCGGAACAUUCUGACGAUGCAAAUGAUAUGGACGCUACAGACGAAGUACAUUCGUUAGUUCGCCAAUAUGAAGCCCCGAAAGCGCUUGUCAACGAAUUUGCCGAUGAAGGUUACGAUCCUUUGAAAGGACGUCAGUUGAACAAGCAAAUUCAAAACCGUGAGACUGAUUAUCAAAAGCAGCGAUUGCAAAGACAACUAACCCCAACUCGUGUCGACGCAUUUGGUGCGGAAACGAAUCCCAACGCUCGAAGCUAUGCUGAUGUUAUGCGGGAAGCUGAAAUUGAGCGCGAAGAACGGCGUGUGUACAUGGAAAUUGAGCGAAGAAGGAAAGAGGGUACGUUAGAAGAACAGCCAGGCGCUGAACCUACAAAAAAACGCACCACUGAAAAAGGCACAGAGCCCGUCAGAACGAAACGUUCUCGUUGGGAUCAACCGGCACCAGUAAAAACAGAAGAACAAGCUGCCCAUCCAUUAGCAACCGAAACAGUGACUACUUCGGGCAAAACGACUGCCCCUUUACGUCGCUCUCGCUGGGACCAACCGAAGCAGAUUACUACCGUUGCUGAGGUAGUCGUUGAAAAGGGCAUUCCAACAACUCCCAUCGCGGACAAGCAGCUAAAAGAUCCCAGGGAUCGUUAUCUUUCCGAUGAGGAAUUGAACUCCAUUUUACCUACUGAAGGGUAUGUAAUAUUGGAACCUCCUGAGGGUUAUGUUCCGCAAAAACAGGAAGAAGAAGUCCCAUUAGGGUACCAAAUUCCUGGAGCAGAAACAGAUACUCAAAAAGUAGCAGCUCCCACUUACUUACCGACUGAGAUUCCAGGCGUUGGCGAUCUUAUGUUUUUUAAGCAAGAGGAUGUGAAAUAUUUUGGCAAAAUUCUGGAGACAAAAGAUGAGGCCAAGUUGAGCUUGGCCGAACUUAAGGAACGCAAAAUCUUGCGUUUACUAUUGAAAGUAAAAAAUGGUUCACCUCCGAUGCGUAAAAGCGCGUUGAGACAGCUUACAGAUCAAGCUCGCGAUUUUGGCGCAGCAGCUUUAUUUAAUCAAAUCUUACCGCUGUUAAUGGAAAGGACACUUGAAGACCAAGAGCGACAUCUGUUGGUUAAGGUAAUUGAUCGGAUUCUUUACAAGCUUGAUGAUCUCGUUCGCCCUUUCACCCACAAAAUUUUGGUUGUCAUUGAACCACUGUUGAUUGAUGAGGAUUACUACGCUCGUGCUGAGGGUCGAGAGAUUAUCAGCAAUCUUGCUAAGGCCUCUGGUUUGGCGCAUAUGAUUGCAACCAUGCGGCCUGAUAUUGACCAUGUCGAUGAAUAUGUAAGAAACACAACAGCCAGAGCCUUUUCUGUUGUUGCUUCUGCUCUCGGUGUGCCUGCCUUACUGCCGUUCUUGCGAGCUGUUUGUCGCAGCAAAAAAUCGUGGCAAGCCAGGCAUACUGGUGUUCGGAUCGUUCAACAGAUUGCUCUUCUUAUGGGAUGUUCUGUACUACCACAUUUAAAAAAUCUAGUCGACUGCAUUGGACACGGACUAGAGGAUGAACAAACAAAAGUUCGUACGAUGACGGCCCUUGCUCUCUCUGCUCUUGCUGAGGCUGCAACCCCUUACGGUAUUGAAGCAUUUGAUUCAGUGCUGAAACCGUUAUGGGGAGGCGUUCAACGCCAUAGAGGUAAAAGUCUUGCCGCGUUCUUAAAAGCUACUGGAUUCAUUAUACCUUUAAUGGAACCCGAAUACGCCAGUCAUUUUACUCGACGGAUCAUGAAAAUUGUUUUGCGCGAGUUUAGCUCGCCAGAUGAGGAAAUGAAAAAAAUUGUACUAAAAGUUGUUUCGCAGUGCGCUUCUACAGAUGGUGUCACGCCUGAGUAUCUCUCGAACGAAGUUCUUCCGGAGUUUUUCCAAUGUUUUUGGUCUCGAAGACUUGCUGCAGAUCGGCGAAGUUAUAAACAAGUUGUGGAAACAACAGUCGUUUUGUCGCAAAAAGUUGGUGCCCUUAGAAUUAUUGAGCACAUUGUGGAUAAUUUCAAGGACGAAUCCGAACCGUACCGUAAAAUGACUGCCGAGGCUGUUGAUAAAGUAAUCAGCAGUUUAGGUGUUGAUGAAAUUGAUGAACGAAUGGAAGAACGGUUACUAGACGGUGUUUUAUUUGCUUUUCAAGAACAAGCUGUUGAAGAGCGCGUCAUUCUUAAUUCGUUCAGUACAAUCAUCAAUGCACUAAACACACGUUGUAAGCCUUAUCUUCCUCAAAUUGUGUCCACCAUUUUAUGGCGUCUCAACAACAAAUCAGCCAAUGUUAGAGAGCAGGCAGCUGAUCUUGUUUCAAAAAUUGCCGUUGUCUUGCGAGCCUGUGGAGAAGAGGCACUAAUGCGUAAACUCGGCGUCGUACUGUAUGAGUAUUUGGGCGAAGAAUAUCCCGAAGUUUUGGGUUCUAUUCUUGGAGCUUUGAAGGCAAUUGUGUCUGUUAUUGGUAUGUCUUCUAUGCAACCUCCCAUCAAGGAUUUACUUCCUCGUCUUACCCCAAUUCUCCGUAAUCGACAUGAAAAAGUACAGGAAAAUAUUAUUGACCUCGUCGGUAGAAUUGCUGAUCGAGGUUCAGAAUACGUGUCCGCGCGUGAAUGGAUGCGUAUUUGCUUUGAACUCAUUGAUAUGCUGAAAGCUCACAAAAAAAGUAUCCGCCGAGCAGCUAUUAACACGUUCGGUUAUAUUUCUAAAGCCAUUGGCCCACAGGAUGUACUUGCAACGUUGUUAAACAACCUUAAAGUUCAGGAACGUCAAAAUCGUGUUUGUACCACCGUUGCUAUUGCUAUUGUCGCCGAAACCUGUAUGCCAUUUACAGUUGUCCCGGCAUUAAUGGCAGAUUAUCGUACACCUGAAAUGAAUGUACAGAACGGUGUACUGAAAUCACUAGCCUUCAUGUUUGAGUACAUUGGUGACCAGGCCCGAGACUAUGUGUACGCUGUCACGCCUCUGCUCGCUGAUGCACUUAUUGACAGAGAUGCAGUUCAUCGACAGACUGCGGCUUCGGUGGUAAAGCAUCUUGCCUUGGGCUGUGUUGGUCUUGGUGCUGAGGACGCUAUGUUACAUUUGCUCAACCUGUUGUGGCCUAACAUUUUGGAAGAGUCACCACAUGUAAUUAAUGCAGUUAGGGAAGGCGUCGACGGAAUUCGGAACUGUGUCGGUGUUGGGGUUAUUAUGGCCUAUUUGAUGCAGGGUUUGUUUCAUCCAAGUCGAAAAGUCAGACGGGCAUUUUGGACUUCAUACAAUUCAGCAUAUGUUCAAAGCGCCGAUGCAAUGAUUCCAUAUUACCCCAAAGUCAACAGUGAUAACCAUAACACGUACGAACGGAAUGAUUUGUUUAUCUGUCUCUAAAAGGUGUGCGCUCUUUAUAGGACUUUUUUGAAUUGGGUGUUAGGACGUGGAGCCAUUCCUGCAUCUUAAUCUUCAUUUUAAUGAAUUACACAUAUGUAAAUUAAAUAUCUUCUUCUUAUAGGUUUGCCGUUAUGUUUUUAAUAUUGGAUCUGUUUUCCUGUUUAUAAUUAAAACUCAUAUUUAUGUAGUAAGUACGGUCUAUA